AUGUGGCAACAACAACAACAAAACCCUUAUGUUUUAUACAAUGCGCCUUUAAUAACAUCAACACCCCUUCCGAAUGCAAACGGUUCAAUCGACUAUGUUGUGAAUCAGAUUGAAAUGUUUGCUGGACAGAUAAACACCCUGCAGAACGAUGGUGAAGCAGCCGGAUUGCAAAUUGCUGACAGAGCGGUACAAACAUACCACAGGAUGAGUGAUGCCUUUCAAAAUGAAACAAUACAGAACGUGGAUCGGUUAGUGGAAAUAGUUAACGAAAAAACACACAAUUGGCCGGUUACUGAGCUCAUCGUGCUUGUGAUUGUUGGCGUAAUCCUCGUUAUAAUUACACUUAUAUUCCUGUUUAUGCGAUUCGGACAAAGCGUUGUUGAGUAUCGUUUCGGCAAAAAGGUGUCGAAUGAAACCGAUAUCGAGAAUAUUUAA